ACUAGAUUCUGUGUGAUGGAUUCAGUCAAUUCGUUCAAGGGCUACGGCAAAGUGGACGAGAUCGAAGAAGCUGCAUUCAAGAGAAAAACUCGGAGGCGCGUGAUCAUACUCUCCGUCUCAGUAGUUCUGUUUAUCGGUCUUGUGAUCGGAGUUGUCGUCGGAGCUGUAGUCCACAGCAAGAAAUCCGGCGAUGUUUCGGGUUCGAGUAAAACCCCGUCGGCGGCGAUCAAGUCGGUAUGCAGCGUGACGCAAUAUCCGGAGUCAUGUUUCACGAGCCUGCACGAGUCGAACUCCACCGACCCGGAGAAGAUCUUCCAGUACUCGAUGACGGUGGCGAUGGAUUCCCUCGUGAAGGUUUCUUCCUUCCCGGAGGAGUACAUGAACAAGACGGACAAUGCGGCGGUGAAGGCGGCGCUGGAGGUCUGCAACGAGGUGCUCGACGACGCUGUCGCCUCCCUCAACGACUCCAUCUCCUCCAUGCACGGCGGCGGGAAGAUGAUCUCCGUCGAGGGGAUCGAAGACCUGAAAACGUGGCUGAGCACCGUGAUCACCGACCAGGAGACGUGCUUCGACGCGCUCGACGAUGCGAACGCGACCUUCGUCGUCGAGAUUAGGGUUUUGAUGAAGAACUCGACGGAGUUCGCGAGCAACAGUUUGGCUAUCGUGUCGAAGCUUCUAGGUCUUCUCGGAGAUUUCAAGCUUCCGAUUCACCGGCGGUUGUUGGGUGAUUCUGAAUUCCCGGCGUGGGUCGGGGCGGCGGAGCGGCGGCUACUGCAGGCGGCGGUCAAGCCGAGGCCGGACUUGACGGUGGCGCUAGAUGGCAGCGGAGAUGUGAGGACUCUAAGAGAUGCGGUGGCGAGAAUACCGAAGAAGAGCGCGAAGAGAUUCGUGGUGUACGUGAAGAGGGGGAUUUAUGUCGGGAAUGUGGUUUUGGAUAAGUCUUUAACGAACGUUAUGUUUUACGGCGACGGCAAAACCGCCACCAUUUUUUCCGGCAGCAAGAACGUCGUCGAUGGUACUCCGACUUUUUCCACGGCCACCUUUGCCGUCGUCGGAAAAGGAUUCAUCGCACGAGACAUAGGGUUCAAAAACACGGCCGGACCAUCCAAGCACCAAGCCGUGGCCAUGAGAUCCGGCGCGGACCAAUCCGUCUUUUACCAGUGCGCGUUCGACGCUUUUCAGGACACACUCUACACCCACUCGAACCGUCAAUUCUACCGCGAGUGCGACAUAACCGGAACGGUUGACUUCAUCUUCGGCAAUUCCGCGGUGGUUCUCCAAAAUUGCAACAUCUUGCCUAGGCAACCCAUGUCGAACCAAUUUGUGACAAUAACCGCCCAAGGAAAGAAGGACCCUAAUCAAAACACGGGCAUUUCGAUCCAACGGUGCACCAUGAGCCCAUUGGGCACACUCACCGCCCGAACGUAUCUCGGCAGACCGUGGAAAGAUUAUUCAACUACGGUCGUAAUGCAAACCACUAUCGGUGGGUUUUUGAGCCCGUUGGGUUGGGCUCCGUGGGUUACAAACGUUACCCCGCCAAGAACCAUUUUCUACGCCGAGUAUCAAAAUACUGGGCCUGGAUCCAACACCGCGGGUCGGGUUAAAUGGGCCGGGUACCAUCCCAGUCUCACAGCAACAGAAGCGGCCAAGUAUAAUGUACAGUCAUUUAUCCAGGGCCCAUCUUGGUUGCCUGGUAAAACGGUGCCGUUUGAUUCAACCUAAUAAAUAUGGUUGUGAAUUGAUUUUUUACACGUUUUUUUAUUUUAUUUAACUAACGAUUUGUGGAUUUGUAUUAUUCAUUUUGUCACAAAAAAAUUGUAAUAAUUAAUGGGUUUCUUUUGUAUGACACUUUUUUUUAUAUUGCA